AUGGAGAACGGUGGUCACGAAAGGAAAUUAGCAGAUAAGCUAUCUGGAUUAUCUCUGAAUCAUGAUUCCAGCCAAAACGACAACAACAGCUUGUUUCAGGUCAUGAAAGCCGUCGAAGCUGCCGAGGCUACCAUCAAGCAACAGAGGCUUUGGGGCAACUGGAAAGAGAUUCUAGAGAGCGUAGAGUUGUUUUUUGAUGGAGUAGAACUUUCAUUAAACAGCUGA